AUGUUGAGGGCACGUUCGGUGUAUACUCGAAAACGAAAAAUUGAUGAGGUACAAAUAAACAGUUCUGAUUCGGACACAAACAUUUCUCUCGAUAACAAUUAUUGGUUGAUCGGCGAGAGUGACAAUGAAGCAGAAGGGAUUCAGCAAUCCAAUAAUGGGCCACAGGAAAGUGCUCAAGAUGUGCUUUCAGAAUCUGAGAAUGACAAUGUACCACUAUCUGAGCGCUUGGAUAGGCUCCGAAAAGAUCUGACAUGGACUAGACAGUCUGAACAGUCACCAUUUGAGCCAAUACUUCAUCCAUUUACUGAUUUGAAUGCCGGUGUACAAUCUGAAAGUGGUCUGAAUAGGUACAGCAGUCCAGCCGAAAUUUUGAAAAAGUUUCUUUCGGAAGAUAUGAUUGAGAUUAUUUGUUAUGAAACAAAUAAGUAUGCUGCAAAGAAAAAAAAUGCCUUAAGUCUUGCUAACAAACUGAAGCCGCAAUCGAGAAUACUAAAGUAUACAGAAACAGAUCCUGAUGAAAUGUAUACAUUCCAUGCAAUAAUUAUUUUGAUGGGAAUUAUACGCAAACCAUCACUUGAAAUGUAUUGGACCAAAGAUACAAUGUUAGCAACACCCUUUUUUUCUUCUGUAAUGACAUAUGACAGAUUCCGUCAGUUGUUAACUCUACUACAUUUCUCCGAAAAUGAGGAUGAUUCAACAGAUAAGCUUGAAAAAAUUCGUCUUGUUCAAGAACUUCUGGUUGAAAACUUCAAAGCCGUUUAUAGACCAGGAAAAGAUAUAAGCAUUGACGAAUCAUUGAUACCGUUUAAAGGUCGUCUAAGUUUUAGACAGUGUAAUCGAAAUAAACGAGCUCGUUUCGGGAUAAAAGUAUACAAAAAUUGCGAGUCAAAAACUGGCUACGUUUAUGAUCUGAACAUAUACACAGGUAAAGAUCGUGAAAAUCAAAGAGCCCGUAAAGGAAUAGGCAUAUCUGGCACAGUAGUAAAAACAUUACUUGGAGAUCUCGCAGGUCAAGGCCGAUUGCUUUACAUUUACAACUGGUAUACAUCUCCACUUUUGUGCAAAGAGCUUGUCGAUGAAAAAACGAAUGUCUGCGGAACCGUGCGUGAAAAUCGUAAAUACAUGCCAAAGGAGAACACAAAAAAUCUAAGAGUUGGUGACAUGACAGUUUGGUACACUCCAAAAUUGGCUUUUCUGGCAUGGAAAGACAAAAAAGUUGUUACGAUGCUCACAACAAUGCACAAUCCAGCCAUGAUUGAUACCGGAAAAAUAGAUAGGCUCACCAAGAAAAAGAUCAUGAAGCCAAAUGUUGUUAUUUCUUAUAAUAACAAUAUGGGAGGUGUAGAUAAAACAGAUCAGUCUAUUUCUUCUUACGAAACGAUUCACAAGACUGUCAAGUGGUAUCACAAAUUAUACUAUCAUUUAUUCGAUACUGCAAUUUACAAUGCUUUCGUCGUCUAUAAUCAUCUCCAAACUGACUCAAAAAAAAAGACUUCUUUACAGUUUCAUCGUGCACUGGCAGCAGAGCUGUUAGAGAGCAUUGUGAUCAACACACAUCAUCUAAGAAGUAUCAUUGCAAACUCAAAAAUCCUCUACGCUCGUCACGAAAUCACUAUCCAUCCUAUAUUUCAGACGAUAAGAAGAUGA